UCCUUUUUGCAUGCCAAAGUGAUCAUUUGCGACUCCCCCUCCCCCAGUAAACAUUUUCUUCCUUCCAUCACCGUUUUCUCAGAUUCCUUUCUCUCGACACAAACAUGUCCGGCUGUGUAUUUCUUUAUUUUUAAAUGAGUUCUUUCGGUUAUUUGAAUUAUCGUUCUUCUUUCGAUUUCUUUCGUCUCUUUAUGAAGUUGAAUUUGUAGAUGAUUAAUUCUAACGUUUGGUGUGAUUUUCUCUGUAUUUAUGAUUUUUCUUUGUUGCUGUAUAAUACAUUUGGGAAUAUUGGUGUUUUCAAUUCUGAGUUUUGAGGUUUUUUUGUCCUCCGGCAACGGGUAUGUUUCUUGCACGAGUUAUGGUUCCUUUGGUUCUUUUUUUCUUCGGUUAGGAAUUCAGUAGAGCUUUGGUUUAUUGUUGUGGUUGGUAUCUGUCCAAAAUCUUUUGGCUGUGUUGGAAGAAAUAACAUUCAUCAUGGAUUAUGACAUGAAUUUUAAAAUCAUAAGAAGAUUAGGAAAAUGUUUUAUGUACUAAAGGAGAUCUUGUUAUCUUGUUUUACAUGAUGCCUUUCGAGAAAGUACAGUCUCUGUUUUUUCACCCAUUAGAUCUAUAUAAGGUUCGAAAAUAAAUUGUUUAGUCAGAGUUUGUGGAGCUUUAAUUUUUAUAAAGUGUAAUAGUCAAAUAUUUUAUGUUCUGUGAUUAUCCUUAUUCUGAUGUAGAUUGUGGCAUUAGUUGAAGAUGAGGGGCAGAAGUUACAGUUACAGUCCCUCGCCACCAAGGGAUUAUGGUAGGAGAAGGCGCAGCUCCAGCCCUAGGGAUCGAUAUAGAGGCCGGGGCAGGGACCUUCCAACAAGUCUUCUGGUUCGCAACUUGCGCCAUGACUGCAGGCCAGAAGAUUUACGUGGACCAUUUAGCCAAUUUGGCCGCCUUAAGGAUAUCUAUUUGCCUCGAGAUUAUUAUUCUGGGGAGCCUCGUGGUUUCGGCUUUGUCCAGUAUAUAGAUCCUGCUGAUGCCGCAGAUGCAAAAUAUCACAUGGAUGGUUAUGUUCUUCUCGGUCGAAAAAUUACUGUUGUAUUUGCAGAGGAAAACAGAAAGAAGCCAUCAGAAAUGAGGGCAAGAGAUCAAUAUAGGCACCGAUCAUAUGACCGUGGGCAGUCUUCUCUCCGUUAUUCCCAAUCACCACUCUAUAGACGAAGUUAUUCUCGUAGUCCAGAUUAUUAUUCUCCUUCUCCACGGAGGAGGCACUAUUCAAGGUCAGUAUCUCCAAGAGAUAGAAGAUACGGGGAGCGGUCUUACUCAAGGUCACCAUAUGGGUCGAGGAGCAGAAGCCAAAGCCCACGUAGGAGCAGGAGCCCCAGUCUAGGCUACUCUAGCGCAUAAAAUCCAUUCAUAGGCAGAGAUCUUCCCAAUUUGCCCACGGUCAUAUGAUCGGUGCCUACCACAAGUUUAUUGUUAACACACCAAAAUACAAAAUGAGUAUCUCCAAGAGAUAGAAGAUACUGGAAGGAGUUUUGCACAUUGUCACCAUAUGGGUCGAGGAGCAGAAGCCAAAGACCAUGUACGAGUAGGAGCCCGAGUCUAGACUAUUCUAGGCGGCUGUUUGAAUUCUGUAUCACUCUGUGCAUUAUAAGACAUUUUCUACUAUCAAAGUCGAGUUAGAGUGAUAACUCGAUUUCUGCUCUGUUUACUAGAUUGCAUCAGUAUAACUUGAU